AAGUCGCCAACUGUCAACCUCAAUUGGCAAAGCGAUUUCACAAUUCCUAUCGACAUGAUAUUAUAAUUUAAAUCUCAUUUAAGUAAUAUCUCCGAAUAUUACAUCGACCACAAAAUGUCCAACGUUGAAGACCCUGAAGACUGCAUCAGCCUGGACGACGCCUUAGCAAGUUUGGUAAACGACGAAAAAGACGAAACCGAUGACGAAGUGCUCAAAAUUCAAGACACAAAAGGACGUGUCAGUGUGAUAAAAGAUGUAGAAUGUAAUAAGAUAUUAAAAAGACCAUUGACGCCUAGCAGUGACAAUUCUAACGAUGCGGAAAAAAGACUUAAGACCGACGAAAAUGAGGUUAAGGAUGAACAGAGUAACUUUAUUUACAAUCCUGAUUCUAUGAGUAAUCUCGUUGCCAAUCAUUAUAACAAGAUAGAAGAGAUUGGUUUGAAUGCAAGGACCAAAACACGUAUUUAUUUCAUGCGUAAUUUCAAUAACUGGAUCAAAAGCAUGUUGAUAAGUCAGUACAUCGAGAAAGUCACUUCCAACAAAGUAGGUGUACCUUUACGAGUCCUAGACAUGUGCUGUGGUAAAGGUGGUGACUUGUACAAGUGGCAAAAAUCUAAAAUAACACACCUAAUAUGUGCAGACAUCGCUGAUGUAUCCGUUGACCAAUGUAAGACACGUUACGAAGACUUGAAAGCCAAAAACGACAACAGUCGGUUCCCUAAACUAUUCACAGCCGAGUUUAUAGCUAGUGAUUGCACCUUAAUGCGUUUACGAGAACAAUACCAAGACCCUUCAGUAUCACUAGAUCUAGUCAGUUGCCAAUUCGCGUUCCACUAUUGUUUUGAAACACUUCCACAAGCCGAACGUAUGCUACAAAAUGCUUCUGAGUGCCUCAGACCUGGAGGAUACUUCAUCGGUACUAUUCCUAACGCUAAUGAAAUCAUGGCACGUAAACAAGCUUGUGGAGCAUCCAGUUUCGGUAACGAAGUGUAUAAUAUUGAAUUCCAAUUCGAUGAUUCUAAUAAAGUGCCUUUAUUUGGUGCAAAAUACUUAUUUCAACUUGAAGGCGUUGUGAAUUGCCCAGAGUUUUUAGUACAUUUUCCAACUUUAGUUAAAUUAGCUAAAAAAUACGGCCUGGAAUUGGAGUCUAAAGAAACGUUUGAAGAAUUGUUUGAACGAGUAUCACCCAGUAAUAAUGGUGCAUAUAUGUUGACGAAGAUCCAAGCUUUGGAGACUUAUCUGGCAUUUGCUAAUUCGUCUUUGAGUGGGGCUGAGAGUGAAUACGAGCACGCAAAGAAUUAUUAUGAGAAGACACAUCGGGAGAAGAAGUUUCAAAAAAUUGGUACUUUGUCUAAGAGUGAAUGGGAAGCUAUUUCUUUAUAUAUGACUUUUGCCUUCAAAAAAGUUAAAACUACAUGGAACUCCGAAGGAAAACCUGAAUAUAAAUAAACAAAUGCUGCCCUGUGUUGGAUAGAAGAACU